AUGACUGAUUCGGAAGUCUGUUCCCAUGGGAGCCAGACUGAGAAGCAGACAGCAAAGAAAGAAGCAAGCCUGCUGAAACCCACUGGUAGUAUUGAUAACAGCCAUGUAGGGGAGACCCAAGAGUGUAGGAAUGGCCAAUUCCACCGUUCCUUUUCUCCUCGCCAAGUCCAUAUCAUUUCCCUUGGAUCUAACAUUGGCAGUGGUGUUUUCAUCGCGACCGGCAAAGCCCUAGCAACCGGUGGCCCAGGGAAUAUGCUCAUUGCCUAUGCUAUGGUUUGCUCUUGUGUGUGGGGAGUCCUCCAGUCCCUAUCUGAAAUGACCAUUGCAUUCCCCGUCUCCGGGAAUUACAUUGAUUAUGCGGAUCGCUGGGUGGAUCCCGCUCUAGCAUUUGGCGCAGGCUUCGCCGAGUGGCUGGGGUGGACUGCGAUUGUCGCCGCUGAAGCUGGCUUCUUCGACGUGCUGGUCCAGUACUGGGCUGAGGGGUCAUUUCCACAAGCAGCCACAAUCACUCUCUUCCUUGCCGCUUGCCUGUUCAUCUUUGUCCUCCCGAACAAGGUUUUUGCCUGGUUCGAAUACGUGACAUCACUCAUCAAAAUCGUGAUUUUCCUGAUUAUCAUUGUUCUUUCAUUAGCCCUAGUUCUGGGGGCCGGACCAACUGGCUAUAUACACCAUGGUGAAACAUGGACAACGCUCCCGCCAUUUUUGAAUGGAUUUUCGGGAUUUGCUAACUGUGCCUUACUCGCUACAUGGGCCGUCGGAGAUCAAGUAUUUAUUGGAAUUAUGGGUGGCGAAGCCGAGAGUCCUCGGUUCUCAAUGGCCCACGCGACAAAGCUCGUCCCAUUCCGCGUGAACGUUAUCUACAUUCUCAGUGUUGUGUUCAUCACAAUAUUGGUCCCCUCUGACGAGGACCGUCUGUUAGGAGGAAGCGGAGUUGCAGCUUCGCCCUUUGUCAUUGCAAUUCAGGAUUCGGGAAUUCCUGGAAUCGCAUCGCUUUUGAAUGCAGGCAUGAUGUGCGGCAUUCUUGGGCUUGCUGCGGAGUCUAUUUAUAUUUCCUCGAGAGUGUUAAGGAGCAUGUCUCAUCAGCAGCUGAUUCCAGAACGGCUUGCGAGAGUGGAUGAUAAAGGAAGACCCAGACUGGCUCUGAUAAUUACAUCAGUUGUUGCUGUCAUCCUAUCAUAUAUCCAACUUGCUUCUGGUGGCUUGACCGUAUUGAAUUGGUUGAUCUCAAUUACCAGCGCUUCCUUCUUCAGCAAUUGGAUCAUCAUCGCCUUUACCAACUGGCGCUUUCAUCGUGCCCUCGAAGCACAGAACGACAAGCUAUUUACAGAAAUAUAUGCCUGGAAGUCCUCGCUUUGGCCGCUUGCCCCAGCCUGGCUCAUGCUGGUUUCUCUACUUUUGUUGGCCUGCUGUAUUACCAGUGGUAUUAUACCGGCGGGCGGCUCUGGAUUUACAGCAGCGAAUUUCUUCCAGUACAUGAUUGGACUCUUGAUUAUCAUCGUCUUUACAGUCGGGUAUAAGAUCAUUUUUAAAACACCUUGGCGGGAUCCAAAAACGGCUGAUUGCACCACUGGCCGGCGAGCCUUGGGCAGUGAGGAGAUAACUCUCCUGGACAGCUACUACAAGCAGCCUGCGUGGAGGAGGUUCUUCACUUAUGUUCAGCUUUGGUAA